AUGACAGAAGAUGGAGUGAUCGGUCUGGGAGGAACACUGCCGUGGCACUAUUCCGCAGACCUGAAGCGUUUCAAGAGAGUCACCUUGAAUUCCACAAUAAUCAUGGGGCGUAAAACCUGGGAUUCGCUUCCAAUCCAGCCCCUGCCCGAGCGGCAAAACAUCGUUAUUACUCGCAAUAAAUCUCUGGAGGUUGAACACUACUCUUCGCUCGCUCAAGCCAUUCAGGUUGCACGAUAUGAAAGAAUUUGGUUCAUUGGUGGGGGCUUCAAUUUAUGA